AUUUCCGCUGUUUGGAAACAUACAUACAGUGGACGUCUGAGAAGAAAUGAAAGCGUAGAACUAAAACCAUCAGUCGGUGUUGUUUAAUAUGAACGUUGCUGUUAUUUUGACGUAUAGAAAGCUAACCGUAACCGACAUAGAAAGAUAGAUGUUUUUUGGGCUUUUUUGUUCAUAAAUUCAUUUUUAAGAUAGCCUACCGUCAGAUACAGGCGUGGCCUCGGCGUUUACGUGACUGUGACACAGCAUAUCCCGGUGUUCACCUAUUUAGUUAUAGCUCUCCUGUUUAGCGCAAUGGCCCCCGCUGACAUCCAGCAACAAACAUAUGCUGUUAUAAGUUGCCUCCUACAAAAUGAACGGGAUUUCGAUAUGGUAGAACAUGAUGGUCCUGAAGACGAAAACGCGUUUGACCCAGUUACAAUAGCUUCAAAACUCAGGGAACUGGGUGACGAUUAUGACGAGAAAGUGAUCCAGCCACUUAUCAAGAACGUUCAGAAAGCUGCUGCUAAUCAGGUGGUGACUGCAUUCGCUGAUAGUGUGGACAGUCUUUGUAAGUCGUGGGUUGUGGAGAGAGCAGAAGUAGCCUCAGAGAAGCAACUCCUCAAGGCUGCUGUCACACUGGGACUCGUAAUGAAAAAGAACUGCCCUGAUAUGACAAAUGUGAUUGAGGUGGCUAUGGCUGGAUUUGUCAAUAAUCGUCUGACCAACUGGAUCGCUGAGCAGGGUGGCUGGGUCUCUGUCUCUAAGAAAAGCACACUUUGAGAUGAUUGGACAUCAUUCUCUCCCAAGGUUUCAAGAUACUUUUGUAAGACAAUCACAAAACCAGCAAUCUGAAGAGCCAUUUCUACAGAUCUUUUCUUUUGAAAAUGAUACUGUGAUGCACUGAAAGGUGUUUGUUUUUUGUUUUUUUGCAGGGAUACAUUUUUUAAAAUGGUGUUAUCUUAUAAAAAAGUCUUUACAAUAAAAUUGUAAAAGAAAUUGUACUUCCAUCCCACCCUGGUGAGUGGUGACAUUGUGUUGUAACCAAAAUGUGUGUGAAUGGACUAAAGCUGGUAUGUUAUUUGAACAUAAUGUAAUAAAUGUGUAAUAAAUUAGGCCAUCAUGUCCACACUAAUACGUUUUUUUUUUCAUAACGUCAGCAUUUUCCAAAGUCUCAAUUUUCAGUGAAGGAAAUCAUCAUUCCAGUGUGAAUAAGAGGCAUAUACAUAUCAAAAUGAAUACAUUCUCAACUGAAGGCUUAUUAGUGUGGAUGUGGCCUUAUAGAAGACACUUUUCAUUUGCUGGACUUCCUGCACUAAACCAGAUAAUGGUUAAUAAAAUACAAAAAUGUAUAUGUUUUAAACAUGCAAAGACUUUGUUUAAUGUUCUGUUAUUUUAGUGGUUUACUGAUUUAUUGUGUUAAUUGUCUAAUUUGUCCCCUUUUAUUAUUUUCCCACAUCAUUUAAUUAUGAGGAAAAACAAGGUGACUCAUUUAUGGCCUCAUUCACAAUAGUGUAAACUCAUUAACCUAAUCAAGUUCCUCUUUCAGUAAAUUUCCUUGCUUGAUUUUUAUCUUGAUUUGUUUUCUAAUAAACCUUAGUGUUUUUUGUUUUGGUCUUACCACCACAAGAGGGCAGCACCAUACCGAUUUACCCUUUGGUGGCUGCUUCAGUAAACUGAAUCAAGCACAUCAAUGGAUUGGUUCAGUUAUUAUUUAACAUAAAUGGUGAUCAUUUUUAUGUUUAAAAAAAAUCCCCUCAAAAUAAUUUCCCAUUGGACAAUAUUGGCCCUUAAUAAUAAUAAUAAUAAUAAUACAUUCUGAAGCUGCUUUUAAAUUAUGAUUUUUUUUUAUGUCCACAAGUCCCAUGCUGAUUUUCUGUUCCACAACUUUGUUACAUUCAAAAAAAAAAAAGGUUAAAGGGAUAGUUCAACCAAAAAUGUAUCUCAAAAUUGACUCAUGCCAUAUCAGAUGUGUAUGACUUUCUUUCAUACUUUCUCCAGGAUGUUCACGAGAGGUCAGAUUUGUUAUUUUGUUUUUUAGCGAUGCACUAUUUUCGUGUAUAUUGCCGCCUUCUGGAGAAAAAAGAAUUAAAAAAAAAACAACAACAGCAAAGUAAAAUAAUACAUUAUAUUUGCGCAACUGCACAGUAGGUGGUCAUUUACAUGACAUAAGGGUGAGUCAAUUGUGAGAGAAUUAAAAUUUUGGGGUGAACUAUUCCUUUGCAGAGUUUAAUGGAAUC